AUGGUGUCGGUCAAAGUCAAGGCGAUGGCAAUCGCGCUCGUUGCUGUUUGUGUGCUGGCCUCAAACACGGAUGCAGUUUAUCGUGGAUGUUGCCAAAGUUACAUCAAAGGCAGAUUGCCGUUUGCGGUUAUAAGGGGAUACUCAGUGCAGGAUAUUACAGAAAUGUGUCCCAUCAGUGCCAUCAUUUUCCACACAAGAAAGGCCAAAAUCUGUUGUGAUCCUGCUCAGGAGUGGGUGAUGGACUAUGUGAACCGUUUAAGAAAUAAAGCUCAAAGAGUUCAUCGUAAAUCACAAUCGCAGAAAUAG